GUCAACACCGUUCCCGAUGUCGUGGAGCAAGAAGCAAAGAUGUUGGAGCAGAUGGCAGAUGGGGGUGCUUUUGAAGGCACUCCGGAGAUCACGCCUCAGCCGGGGCCGUUUAUUCCUGAGCUCACGGCCGGGCCCACGUUGCUGGCCACGAAGGAUGCCCAGUGCAAGCCCUGCCCAUACAUGAGCCCCGUCCAGCGCCGGUUGAGCCAGCCGACCCUCCUCCUGUCCCCCAACGUGCGCCCCACACGGAGCCUCAUCUGUCCGUCGGCCGCGUCUCUGGCCCGAUCGGUCACCUGCCCGGUACGCCACAGCCCAGUGCAAAUGACCACGCGUGCACAGAGCCCCUUGCACAUCCACACCACGCGCGGGCAGGGGCACAGCGUCGUGGCACCCCGCUUCAUUUCCCACGAGCCACCACGGCCUUUCUGUGAGCCGAUCACGCGAGCCACCUCCCCGCCCUUGCUCCGCGCCGCCUCGCCCCUCAGCGAGCUCCGCGAGCCCCCCCCCCCGGCCUGGAAGUGGCAAACCGGACCUACCGGACCUACCCCUACCUCACCAGCCUGCUGGCCCCGUCCGGCACCACAAAGCUGCCGGCCUUGCUGGGUGCUCACGAGAAGCACCUCCUAA